GUGACACGCCAUUCAACAGCAGCCUGGCCCUGUGUCUGCAGGACGCGUUAAGAGCUCAGAAAGAUAACCCCCAUCUGGGAGGCUUAAACCCAGAAAAAAAAAAAAGAAUCGCAUCAGUGUGAAGCGCAACUUCUAUAAACCGCGUCGACAUGGGGAUCAGGAAAAAGAGCAACAAGAACCCGCCGGUGCUGAGCCAUGAGUUUGUGAUCCAGAACCAUGCAGAUAUUGUUUCCUGUGUUGCUAUGGUUUUCCUGCUCGGGCUGAUGUUUGAGGUCACGUCAAAGUUUGCAGUAUUAUUCAUUACUGUCCAGUACAAUGUGACCAUAUCAACAAAUGAGGGCCCGGAGGAGACGGCGGUCAACCACUUCCACCAUGGCAUCAAGGACCUGGCCACCGUUUUCUUCUACAUGCUGGUGGCCAUCAUCAUGCACGCCAUUAUCCAGGAGUAUGUGCUGGACAAACUCAACCGCAAAAAGCACUUCUCCAAAACCAAGCACAGCAAGUUCAAUGAGUCAGGCCAACUCAGCGCCUUCUACUUGUUCUCUUUCGCUUGGGGCACCAACAUCCUUCUAUCUGAAAACUUCCUGUCCAAUCCCGUUGCCCUGUGGGAGGGUUAUCCUCAUACGCUGAUGCCAUUUCAGAUGAAAUUCUUCUACAUUUGCCAGAUGGGCUACUGGUUACACGCUCUUCCAGAGCUGUAUUUCCAAAAAGCAAAGAAAGAGGAUAUUCCUCGCCAGCUUGUGUACAUCUUCCUGUACCUCGUUCAUAUCGCUGGCGCCUACAUUCUGAAUUUGAACCGUCUGGGUCUGGUCCUGCUGGUUUUGCACUAUUUCGUGGAGCUUCUGUUCCACGUCUCGCGUCUCGUCUACUUCAGCAACGAGAACAGGCAGAUGGGUUUCACCAUCUGGGCUGUCUUGUUUGUGAUUGGACGACUGCUCACCCUGUCCCUGUCUGUCCUCACCGUGGGCUUCGGCCUCUCCACUGCUGAAAACCAAGGAUUUGAUUUGGCUGCGGGGAACUUUAACGUUUUCUUUGUCCGGAUGACCGUCCUGUCAGCCAUCUGCUUUACUCAGGCCUUCAUGAUGUGGAAGUUUAUCAACUUCCAGCUGCGUCGAUGGAGAGAGCAUGCCGAGGCCAAGAAUUUGAAAAAGCCUCCUGCUAAGGCUGCUGCUAAGAGCAAGUCGAAGAAAGAUAAAGCCAACGGCGUAAACGGAGUGAGCUCACACGGCGCGGAUUCACCGAGAUCGAGAAAAGAGAAAUCAUCUUAAAGACGUAUUGAGGAGGAGAGGAAAAGAAGAGAAAAAAAAACAUUCCCGUCAGCCUGCCUAAUCCCCUGUAUCUCAAAAGAACCAUCUAUCCCAGGGUCCUCCCGGCUAGCAGUCCAGUGGGUCGGUCUAAAGGGUCCCUGAUCUAAGGGGAUGUGUUUUCACCCCCCCACACAGGACCAACCUGCCAGCUGGAUUUCCUUGGUUCAGAUUUGCUUUGGUUGCCGAUUGCUCAGAAAACCUUAAGCUCUUCCUUCUGUGGUAUCAUUGAAAAACCGACAAAUAAACUGAGGGGAAAAGACCUUAUUUAAGAAGUGCCUACUGGUGUGGAUUGUUUUUUUUUUUUUUUUCGUUAUUGUUUUUUGUACAGUGUAAUUUUACCAAAUCAGGAAUGAUCACUUUAUUUUUUCCCCCCACUUCAGGUCAUUUAGUACUUUGUUAAAAUGCUGUGUUCCUUUUUACCUCACCUUCCUGUCUAUCAUAGAUGACGCCUGUAAAUAGAAAAGAAACUAUCACAUAGGCUUUGGUUGGAAAAGGAGUGUAUAGACCUAGGCAAAGGAAAUGAGUCCAUGUAUGGUCCAGCAUUGUGCAGAACUGCCAGCAAAAAAAAAAAAGAAAUAAAAUUGUAAACUAAUGUAGCAUUCAGUAUGGAAGAGCUUUGCAAUCACAUGUCCGUCACACGUUUCUGUGGAAGUUGUCACAGUUCUAGUUAUGCUGUUAAUGACCCAUUUUGCUUUUUAAUUCUGUAGCUUUAAUUGAGAUAAGAAUGAGGGAGAAAAAGGAAAAAAACAUUUUUUUUUUGUGUGUGAGUUGUCCAUCUUUCCUAAUGUUAAGGUGGAAUGUUCUUAAUGUGUUUGUUCCAUCAUGAAUUAUUUCCUACCUUUUUAAAAAUGCCCACCAAUGGGCUGUUAUUCCGAAUGCGAAUGGCGUAUCUAUAUAUUUUGUUCUAUCCCUUUGUUCCCCUACGGAGUAUUGACUGUGCCAAAUGGCUUUUCCUUACACGCCAUAAAGCAACAGAGGCCAAUCAGCUGUACUUUGUUACCUAAGUAACGCUAAUACAGUGUAGCAAGCCACAAAUAACUAGAGCAGUAUUUGUUUUUUUUGGUUUUUUUAUUUGCCCUGGGGCUAUAUCCUGUAAAGAAAUAAAAUUAUCUCGUUAAAAUGGAUGCUUCUUUUUUUUUAUUUAAUUUUUUGCAGUAGGCGUCCAUUCAAGAGGGAUAUAUUUUCAGUGACCUACAGAGGUGGGUAUUAACUGGUUUAUUUACUUAAGUAAAUUUUUGAAGAAAAAAAAAGGUACU